GCGGGGUCUCACUCACAGUGGGAACUGGACACAUCGGAGGCAUGCAAGGUAAUCCAUGAUCCUAAUGUAACAGCACUUUUAGAAGCAAGAUCUCAUAACACUUAUCUCAGGCCACAGAUCAUUUGACCGGACCUCACCACUCCCUGAAAGAGUGCAUAUUCAAGUACUCCUAUCAACUACCCCCCCCCUUUCCUUCUCACUUAAACUUACGCCAUUAAGAUGUGCACUCUCAGCAGUUGCAAACUGUCAGAGCAUUCUUUCCUGAUCCUUCCAUCUUCCAACAACAGAUCAAAGACUCAGGUCAAAACAAGGAAGUAUUGGGUAGGUUAGAAGAUCAUCGAGUCAGAUAUAGGUUGGAUGAGGUUGGAUAUAGGUUGGAUUCUAGAUAAAAAUCUGUUCGCUGACACUUAUUCAACUCAAUUCAACUGACGGCAGGUCUACCAGAGCAGCCUGAAUGAGACAGGCAGCGCCAUGCAGGGCAGGGCAGGGCAAGGCAGACUCCCUCGCGCUAAGUGCUGGUCAUAUUCCACCCCAUCAGGAAGAUGUGGAUCAAUGCCUGGUUUACAGCUUUACAGCACAUUCUUGUAAUGACUGGCCAAACAAGGAAACCUUCUUGCCAUCAAUUAGAAACUAUUAGUAAAAAAAAAAAAAAAACGACAUCGAUCCCAUCAGGCUUUGGGCUACGACCCCCCUUUUGUCUCUUUCUCUCUGUGUCUGUCUCACUUGUUCAUGAAGCUGUUCAUGGAGAACACCCCCGACUGAUUUAGGCUUCACAGGCUCUGGAGAGACCCGCAGUACACGGACAGACAGCUUUCACUGGACCAACUGUAGCUGAAGGGGGGAAUGUGGUCAUGAGGUCUUCUCCAUGGUUUUUGGAACGUAGCGCACAAACCACAUCGACAGAAUGAAGAACGGGCUGGACUAAGAAGGAAUAUGAUGAGCGCAGAUCUGUUUUGAUGAGGCUAUGACGCGAGUGGAUUACUUAGAUGGUUUUAAUGCUCAUUAUUUGAACUACAACUUGGCCGGUGGAACUCGUGCCAUUGGGGACAGAGAGAUGAAGGGUGUCACGUGCAAGUGUCUGAACACAGACGUGUUGUUUCCUGGCGUCUCUCUAUUACUGUAGUUGGAUAUUUGUGCGGGGAAGCACCAGGGAAUUGUUGUUAUGUCGUCGUAAAAGCAUUCAAAUGCUAAGGGCUUGUCAAUUAGUUGCAUAGCAAAGGAGUACGCUCCACUGAUGUCAGUCAGAGCGGGUGAUGGAUGGCAUGGAAGUGAUAGCUUUUGCUGUUGUCAUCGCUCUGUUUUAUGUGGUUCUCAAGCAGUUUGGCAUAUGGGAACCCCUGUCAUUGGACGAAAGUGGGGACAGUGAUCUGGAGCUGUCUGCCGUCCGUCACCAGCCCGAGGGCUUGGAGCAGCUGCAGGCCCAGACCAAGUUCACCCGGAAGGAGCUUCAGUCACUUUACAGAGGCUUCAAAAACGAAUGUCCAAGUGGCUUGGUGGAUGAGGAAACGUUCAAGACUAUCUACUCUCAAUUCUUCCCUCAGGGAGAUGCCACCACAUACGCACAUUUUCUGUUCAAUGCUUUUGACUCGGACAGAAAUGGCUCUAUACGUUUUGAGGACUUUGUGAUUGGGUUGUCAGUGCUACUAAGAGGGUCUGUGACAGAAAAACUGCGCUGGGCUUUCAACCUGUACGAUAUCAACAAAGAUGGCUACGUCACUAAAGAGGAGAUGCUGGCCAUUAUGACAUCCAUUUAUGACAUGAUGGGCAGAUACACGUCCCCCAGUGUACGAGAUGAUGACCCCGUGGAGCACGUCGAGAAGUUCUUUCAGAAAAUGGACCGUAACCGAGACGGGGUGGUGACCAUCGACGAGUUUAUUGAGACAUGUCAAAAGGAUGAAAACAUCAUGGCUUCCAUGCAGCUUUUCGAGAACGUCAUCUAGGAUCAGCUUAGCCCAACCGUUGACCCUGAAUGAAUCUGACCGUGUCCCCAUGACCUCGAAUUGCUUCCAAUGUCGUGAGCCUGCUUGCACUGGACUCCGCAUUUUGUUUGAUAGGAUGGAGGACUGUGAGGUUGACAGGAUAGAAUGGUGAAUGCCUUUAUAGUCAUUGCACAUAACAACGACAUUCAAUAAUAGCCAGCGGAAUAUUCACUAAAAUACUAUUGUACAUGUGUCCUAUGGGCUGUUUUGUUUCACGUGGUAAAAAGUGUUAGUUCCACAUGGUAAAAAAUGAUCAUGAUACAGUUCUUCCUCUUCACUGGGGACAUUAAGGAAUAACAAAAGGGGAAUGGUUGUGUUCAUGACUACUGUACUACUAUUGUAGAACUUGCAUGUUUGCCUGAAACUUUUGUAAAUUGUGCACAUAUCAAUACAAUGGAAUGCACGUGU